ACAUAUUUUGUGUAAGAAGAAGAGGGCUAUCAUUCUUUUGUACAUUAUUGGUUAAGUAAGAAGAAGGGUGUUAAUAUUUUGUUUGCGUGGACAUUUACUCUGGAAAAAUGAAUGAGGCUGACAUUCCCAUUGAUAUACAUACGCUUAAGCUACAAGAUUGGCUUGUGAGCAGGCGUAUUGUACCCAAAAACAUACAAUCCAAUUUGAAAGACAUUCGUUCCAAAAUAACUGCAGCCUUGCAAGAUAUGCCAUCCCAUGAAAAACUCAUAGAGCUCCUAAAGGGUACAAACAUCAACUAUUUCCAUUGCAAGGAAAUCAUUGAGAUUCUAAAGCAAACGGAAAAGGAUACCAAGGGUCUCUUUGGCAGCUAUGGCAGUCAGCGAAUGAAAGAUUGGCAAGAAAUUGUGCGCCUUUAUGAAAAGGAUAAUGUGUACUUGGCGGAAAGUGCUCAACUCUAUGUGCGUAAUGUUAACUAUGAAGUCCCCAACGUUAAGAAACAAAUGACAAAAUUCGAACAACAAAGUGAUGAAUGCUUAAAACGCAGCAAUGAUUUGGGUAAACCGGAAGCACAACUUCUGGCCGAACAUGCUGCUUUGCUACAGCAGAUUGGCGUAAAAGGUGAAAAUCUACGUGAGGAGUUUACUCAGGUCCUUUCUGGGCUGCCUGAAAUUUAUGCGAAAAGUAUAAAGCAAAUAGGAACCUUGGAUGAGGCUUUGCAACUGUAUGCCACGACUACGGGUCAAACCAAACAACAGUGUUUACCAAUUACCAGGCAUUUAAUUGAUUUUGGCAAUACAACAGUUUACCAAUAUAUUCACAAGGAAGCACCUCUCUCUGUCGAGGAGCCACCAAUUAAAUUGAAUUUGAGUGCAGAAAAUGAAAUGAAAAGCAAUGAUAAUGAAAUAGAUUUCGGCGAUGAUAAUAACGGGGCUUCCUCCACCAUUUCUGGCGAAAUGAUUGAUUUUGGUGAAUUGAAUUUGGAAACUGGUGGUGAAGGCGGCAUCGAUUUCGGAGAUGCUGGGGAUACUGGUGACAUUGAUUGGGGUAUUGAAAGUGCACCCACUGAAGGUGUGGAAAUCAACUUCGACAUACCCAUCGAGGAGUAUGGUAUCGUUGUGGAAGGAGCUGGCAUGGAUGGUGGUGUUGCCAAGGGUGAUCAAGCUUAUACACUUCUUGAUUCGCCUUCCUAUCGUGAACGUUUUAUUGAUGAGUUAUAUGAACUCGAGGCCUUCUUACGUAUGCGCUGCUAUGAACUGCGUCAGGUUACUGCCAGCAGUAAUGUUAUGUUUUCUCUCAUGGAGUCCAUUUCAACCCACGAUGAAGAGUCUUUGCGUAAAAUGUUGACCAACCUUGAUGUUAUCCUAACAGAGAUGAGCAGCGAACAAACUCGCCAUCUUUUCCAAUUGAAACACUCACCCAAAUAUGCUGAUCUCUUAGCAUCAAAAUUGAAGCAAAUGCUUAAAGCUGUAGAGAAAAUACGUACCACCAAACAGGUGUUAAAAGAUCGUUCUGUGGAAUUGAAAGAACAACGAGUUGCACUAACACCGGUCCUGGAGAAAUUAAUAGCCCAAACAAAAGAUUUGCAGGGCAAGAUUGAACAGGACAUAUCGAAACGUUAUAAGAAUCGUAUAGUUAAUUUAUUGGGUGGUGUUUAGAUAAAUUGCGGGGAUGGAACUUGUAUGUUAUUGUUAUAUCAUUUGCAAUAUAUAUUGUAUGUUUGUAAUUUAAUUUGGCUGCAGAAUAAAUUGUACCUACAUGCCUUUACUUUUUUAAAUAAAACUUUUUUGUUAAAACAAUAAA